GCCACCGUGUCCUCGCCACUUUUCAAGAGCGAAAACAAACUCAUAAACUUAUCAGAAAUACAACAAAAGCACUGCAUCGCUUGCUCGACAUUCCAUCGACUGCAAGCUCUUGUCAAAUCAGCCACCAUGCGGUUGUCCGCUCUCCUUCUAGCCCUGUUCUCAGGCAUCAACCUAUCUCAAGCCCUCCGCAAACCAUCCGACAGCGUCCUACUUUCCAAAAUCUCCAGUCUCACUCUGCGCGCCGGCCAAAAGACCAGCGCUCGUCGUGGCAACCCUAUUCCUCAAUUACAAUGCAUGGGUGGCAAUGCACGGGGCUUGUAUGAAGUGGACGUCAUGCGCUGCACCAACGCCGGCUCCGACUACGAUGACGAAAAUGUUCAAUGGACCUGUAAGGCUUCUCUGCCUCCGGAGUUCAAGUUGGGCAGUACGGACGUUUCGUGCGAAGGCUACGAUUCGCCCGAGGACCCGUAUGUGUUGAAGGGAAGUUGUGGCGUAAGCUACAGGCUUGUGCUCACUGAGGAGGGUGAGAGCAAGUACGGCCACAGGAAGGACGAGGAUGAUAGGAGUGGACCUUCCUCGACAGGCGAGAAGCUCAUCUUCUGGGCUUUCUUCACAUUCGUCGCGGGCAUGAUUCUCUAUGGAGUAUGGGAUUCUUGCGUCAGGGGCAACAACAGACGUCCUCCGCACGGAAACAAUGGCUACGGAGGUGGCUUGGGCGGUGGCGAUGACAACAAUGACGAUGCACCACCACCCUACACACCUUAUGGAAAGUCAGCGCCUGGUCGCAACUAUGGCACACAGAAUGGUCAAGGAUGGCGACCCGGUUUCUGGACUGGCACUGGCGCUGGAGCUGCCGCUGGUGCAGCAGCAGGUUACAUGGCAGGCAACAGGGGCUCACGCAGUGCCUCUAAUCGAUCAAACAGCGGAGGCUGGGGUGGCAGUACAGGCUCGAGCUCCCCUGCACCGUCUUCUUCGAGGUACGAAAGCACUGGUUUUGGCUCUUCCAGCCGCAGAUGAUACCCUUCAAGGGUUUGCUGAAAAUGUACUACUAUUCUUACGACCCUCGAUCGGACAGCCAUCAUUUGAAUUGAACCACGGGAAAGUACCGCGGCCCUGCGAAGCCAGUCGCCAUGACGGUCUGUAUGUCGAUGUUUUUGUUGACAUAAGGCGUCUGUAGUUUGAGCAAGAUAUGAGUUCCAGACCUGUUCAAAAUGUCAGUGAGAUUGCGACUACCUCUUUCUUGUGCCACAUACACCGGAGGGUCGAAUUUGAUGGCUAUUCGAUGCCUAUUGUCCUUGAU